GGCAGUGUGGGGGGAGUUUUCCACUGACGAACACACACAACUCAACAACAGCUGAUCUCACUGUACUAUACGUGCAUCGAGAGCUAAGAAAGAGGACGUUGGUGCUAUCUUGAUAACUUUUCAAGCAUCGUAUGGUCGUCUCAUCCACCCAUGAUACACGGAUACACAACCACUGGAUCACCAUGGCUACAUCACAGCGUGGGGGUUUAAAGAGGAAAUAUGGUUUCCCAGACGAGGAUGCCAUUUACUCCUCCUCAUCCCCCUCAUCACACUCUGAAUGGGACUCUGAUGAAGACAGCCCCCAAAGUGAUAGCAUGGACUUUGUGCCUGUUGGCUCUUUCUCUUCAAUCCAUCACAUGCCAAUUUCAUCCAUCCUGAAGAAGACGAAAGAUACGCAAUCCAAAGGCAGUGUUCGGUUUGGCCUGGUUACGGUGUUCGUUUUCCAGCGCUGUCAAGGUUUCAGCAGUGUGCCCAGUCAUGGCGGCUGCACACUGGGCAUGGUUAGACGGCACACUGCCCGCCAGCAGUUCACCCUGGCGGAGCAUGUGGAGGAGCAGCAGCGCUUGCGAAUGGAGAGGCUACGUGAGCAACACCAAGAGGAGAAGCUGGAUGCAUUGAGACAGAAGCUGAUCAUCAGUGGGACUCUCACAGCAUCAGAAGCAGCCAGGUUGACAGUGAACGACGUCCCAGAUGAGGAUACCGAUCUCCGUAGCACGAAGCUGAAAGACAUGGGAUCCCUCCGUCCCUGCUCUUCCAAGCGGAGACGUGCAUUAUUGAGAGCAGCAGGAGUGGUGCGCAUCGACCGGGAGGAGAAGAGGCAGCUGCAGGAGCUGCGGCGGUGGAGGGAAGACAGUGGAUGCCAUUGCCAGGGCUUCUGUGAGCCGGAGACCUGUGCCUGCAGCCAGGCUGGCAUCACAAAACCAGAAAUUACUGGCGUUUAG